AUGAGUCGAGUCAGUGCAGAAGAACUUCUGGCCAUAUUCAAAACACUUGACACAGACGGGAGCAACGUGGUUUCGCGCCGAGAAUUAGAAAACGGUUUGUCUGCCGCGGGAGUUAAACUUGCGAACAUUGAGCGCCUAAUGGAGGAACUGGAUUUGAACAAGGAUGGAAAUAUCACGUUCAACGAAUACAAACUAGCACUUGGUUUGACCCAGGAACCAUUGUCAGAAUGGAAACAACUGUUUUUUUCCUUGGACCAAGACCGCACUGGGACUAUUACACGGGAGGAAUUGAAGGCUAUGUUUCGAGAAAUGGAUACGGGAAUCAGUGCGUCUGUGAUUGAUGAAUGGAUUGACGAGCAUGACGUGAACGGAGACGGCCAACUGAGCUAUAACGAAUUUCUCGGUUUUGUGGCUGAACAAUCCGGACACUAG